GAACGAUAUUUUCCACUUCAAUAUCUUGGCGCAUGAUUCCCGUCUACCGAUCAGCAUCAACUAUUAUGACUGCUUACUUCGUCUUUGUUUUCUUCUGCUGACACCUGCGCUUUGCAUUGCACGAACAUAAUUUGGCUGCUAUUACCGAAGCGGUCCUCAUCCUCAGCAUCUCCUCUGUGUUAUCGUAUUCCCUCCUCCCCCAGAAGACAGUGUAAAGUAUCUCGUUUUGUUGCGCACGCCUCAUGCAGUCGUUACAGGAAGACGCGAGACCCUUCACGAGGACGGAAGAGGUUCGUCUGCACCUCCUCCAGUACCGUGCGGAGCACAACGAGCCCCUGACGGAGGCCGAAGCCCUUGAACUGGCGCACUUGAAACGACGCUAUCACUCCUUCAUCGAGGAGGGCGAGCGCCGUCUCCGCGAGGGCGCCGUGCUGCCCCCACCGAAACCCAGCAGCGUUGCUUCCCCAACCAGUGAUGGCGAGCUGGAUGAUGCGGGGGUGACGGCCGCCUUCGCACGGGCCGGCCGGGCGGCGUACUUUUGGGGCUCCCUCGUGGCCACCGCGGUCCCCGGCUACGUUGGCCGCAUGGCGGGCGUUACGACAGACUUUCUGCAUUGGAACUGGGUCGCCGAUAAGGUGGUGCUGGGCGCCAUCCCGGUGGUGACGCAGGUCGGCAGCAGCGGCAACCAUCUUUUACAGCUGAAAGAGCAGCUCGAGCAGCGACACGAAACGCUAGGGCUAGUGGUCGCCUGCUUAGAGGAGGAGGAGCUGGACGGCUACGGCAUGAACGUGAUUCAAUUCGCGAAAGAGGCGGACUGGCGCAAGAACAUCAACGCAGAUGUCGAGUUUGUGCACCUACCGAUGACUGACACCACGGCGAGUACGCCGCUGCCGGCGGUGGCGAAGGCGGUGAUGAAGAUGGAGGAGUGCAUCAGGCAGCGGGGCCAAACCGUGUACGUGCACUGCAAGGCGGGUAAAGGUCGGAGCUGGAUGGUGGUGAUGUGCUACUUAACCACGUAUGGUGGCAUGGCGUUUGCGGAGGCGGCGGAGGUCAUUCAGGAGAAGCGGGUGCAGGUGAACCCCUCCGCGGUACAGAAGCAGUUUGCGGAGCAAUUCCCUUUCCGCUUUGCGCAGUGGAAGUCUCUCUAUGAUAAAUAG